AAAAUUUUUGUCAAAAAGAAUAUCCCUUUGAUAAUGUAACUUAUGAACAAUUCAAUAAUGAUAUUUUACAAUUUUGGCAAUAUUGUGUACAAGAUUUAAGAGAAUUAGGAGCAGUAGCAUUAAAACUUUUUGGUAUUUGUAAUAACAAAGUUUUGGCUAUGAGUCAACUUCGAGCAUCAAUUAAUUAUUCAAUGUGUACAAAAAAGUUAAAGCAAAUUGAAAAUAUAUUUAAUGAAAUACAUGAACAACAAUUAGAAUUAGAGCCUGAUCCAUUAUUAUCACAAGCUUCUCCUAUUGAUAUUGAUAAAUCAAAUAAUUUCGACUUAGAUAAUAUUGAAGAUUCACAAAUUGAAGAAGUUACUUUUGAAAUGGAAACUGAUCCCACUCAAGAAGAUAUACUUACAGUGGAAAAAUGGGAAGAACAAUUGUGUGAAUGGGAAGAAUCACUUAUUGAAGAGGAAACAGCAUACCAGGAAGAAGAAGAGGCAAAUAGGGGUAAUUCAGAAAAUUUAGAUAAUUUACUUGAUGAAUAUAUCCAUCCAGCAGUUGAUCCAAGUGCAAAAUGGAAUUUGACUACAUUAUUUAAUUCAUUAUUUAGUGCUCCCGAUUAUUUACUUGAAUAA